CACACUGAUCCCCUUUCAUAACUAAACCCCUCUAGCCUCACCAACUUUGGACCUGGGAGUCAAUCAUGGAUCUGGACUGCGUCCCGCGUGCAUGGAGGUGGAGACUGGAAGAGACAGAGGAUGGACCAUCAGACGUCACCAUCACCUCCCCAUCUAUCCGGUCAGACCUCUCCUUCGCCUCACGGCUCACUUCGGGACUGACGGUGAUCGGGGAUGAGCGACGUGGAACCGUGCGCGCCGAAUCAUCUGUAAAACUGAGAGUGUUGGAUCGUUGGAUUCGCAAACUUGCGGAGGGGGGGAGCAUCCUUUUGCUUUGCAGUUUGCGCCUCUGCCUCGUUGGAUGUUGCGCCACGGCGCACACGCAACAGCAACCUCGGAUCUCCAUCGCGUUUUUAGCGGCGGGAGCCCCGAGCCGAGCGCGCGGCCCCGUCUCCUCCCCGACCGCCGCGCGUCUCCAGCAUGCCGCCGAUCAGAUGAUCCCCGUUGAUUCGUCACCGCGCCAUGUCCUUGUGUCGGACUGAGCUGGACCAUGAAGUUAUGGGACGGUCUGACCACUUGUUUGAUUCUGCUCAGCGCCGUGCACGCCGGCCGGUUGCUCCGGAGCCGACCGCGGUCCGCGUCCACCGAGAGUAACGGGCGCGCCCCCGAGAUCCCCCUGCAGCUCCCGCCGGUUCACAUCCGCCUUUCUGUCACUUCCCCGAGCAUCGGCGCGGGUUGGGGAGGGACGCUGGCGGGGGGAGACGCACACCCCACGGAGGAACCAACCCCAAGCGAGUUUGAGGACAUGGUGGACUUAAUCAAAGGGACCAUCAGCAGAAUGCGUCGCUCCCCCUUCUCCACCACCUCCUCGCCCUCUACAGAAGGAGUGAGCGGCAGCACUCGAAACAGAAGGCAGAGGAGGAAAGGGGCGACCCAGCGGAGGGGUGGAGGCCGUGGAGGGAGAGCCAGGGACGGGGGAGCUGCGAGGAAGGCCAGGGGAGGACAAGGCUGUGCGCUCAAACAGAUCCACCUCAACGUGACGGACCUGGGCCUGGGCUACCGCUCCAGCGAGGAGAUGAUAUUCAGGUACUGCUCGGGGCCCUGCAGGAAGUCGGAGACCAACUACGACAAAAUCCUUCACAACCUCGCUCACAACAAGAGGCUUCCCCCUAAAGACACGCCCCCCCAGGCCUGCUGUCGACCCACCGCGUAUGACGACGACCUCUCGUUUCUGGACGACAACCUGGUCUACCACACCGUGAGGAAGCACUCUGCGAGGAAGUGCGGCUGUGUGUAGGCAGCGUGAGCUUGUGUCGGGCUUUGUGUGGUUCUCACGUUUGAUCCCAACCUUUGGAUUGUAUGCUGUCGAGGGUUCGUUUCUCCUGACGUGUCUCGCUGUGAGGAAAACCUUCAGGCAGUAUGUGGGCACCUGUAGGACCCGCUAAAGGAAUCCUUAAGGGGAGCAGGUGUCUUUUUAUCCCAAAGCAAUAAACCUCAUCUUCCUCCAAUACAGCUACAGUUUCCUUAAUACAGUUUACAUCUCUACGUCGCUGAUGCGUACAGAGAUCUUUUUAAUGUUUCCAAGGAUACUCAACCCAAAUGCCUGAUAUUAUUCAGAAACAACGGAUGAUUCAGCAGAUUUAAGCUUUUACCUGUAUAGCACAUGCAGUAUGGUACGUGGGAAACACACACGUAUUAAAUGUAUUUAUGAGGUCUUGAAUUUAUUAACUUAUUGAUAUUUAUUUUUUGUUUUUAUAAAAGGGUAAACUGUUAUUUAUUACUGUAGUGUGAUAUCUCAGAGUGUGCCAAAGGUUUAUAAAUAGUAAAGCAGUAACAUAUUGGGUGGUUUACAUUGCAAAACUAAUGUAUAGGUGCCCUGUGGAGUUGUCUUGUAAACAGUCAAAGUUACGAGUGCAGCCAGUGUUUCUCAUCCAAAUACGUUGUGUAGCCUUGAUUUAUAACAAAAUAGUUUAAAAGGUUUUCCUCCUGAUAAAACAUUUUGCAAAUCAGAUUUGACAAAAAAAUAUCUUUAAAGUGGACGCUGUGGGAAUCGUCAUCACCUGCUUUAGCAAAUGAAGCACUGCUCAUUUGCACUACGAGUAGUCCAACACUCCACAGGACGCCUUUAACUUUCUUCUUCUGCCCAGGUAAGCUAUCCUCAGUGGGUUAGCCUUUACAACGUUGCAGUUAUUCUGUUAUAUUUGAAUGCAUUAUAUCCUGUUUUUGGUUUUAACUAUGAGGAGGGAAAAUACAUAAAAAAAUGUUGCCCUCCUGAUUAAAAGAAUAGUCGUUUAUUAGCUGCUUAUUUUGUGUCCUUCCCUUGGAUGAAUUGCUGUGUAAAUGAAAGAAGUGAAACAACUACAGCUUUAUUUUUAUACAGUAAUUACUAUUAAAUUGUCUAACUUAAUUAUUAAUAAACGUAUUGUACACAG